AUGGGCCAAGCACAGAGUACCCCCCUCUCCCUCCUUCUCGCUAAUUUCGGGGAUGUAAAGUCCCGAGGACACAACUUCAGUCUGGAUAUCCGGAGAAGAAAACUAAUUACCUUCUGCCGCUCUGAAUGGCCAACUUUCGGGGUUGGCUGGCCCACCGAGGAACGUCCUGCGGCCCCUCCCGGAGGGCCACCCAGGCCAGAACCGGAGGACCGAGAGGCAGAGGCACUACCGGUCCCCCUGCCCAAUGAAAAUAAUUCCCAGGGGCCGGCUGGGCGCACUCGCGGACGCACUCAGCGCGACCCAGGGUUCCGCCAUCCUGAUUCCACCAUAGCCCUACCCCUGCGAGAAAUAGGCCCUCCCGAUGAGACAGGGAACCCCCGACUCCAGUAUUGGCCAUUCUCUACCAGUGACCUAUAUAAUUGGAAAACCCAGAAUGCCCGUUUUUCUGAUAAUCCUAAAGACUUGAUAGCUCUUCUAGAUAGCGUUAUGUUCACUCAUCAGCCCACCUGGGAUGACUGCCAACAGCUCCUCCGGAUCCUAUUCACUACCGAAGAACGGGAGCGAAUCCAGCUGGAGGCGAGAAAACUGGUUCCUGGAGAUAAUGGUCAACCCACCGCUAACCCUGACCUCAUCAAUGCAGCUUUUCCCUUAACUCGCCCCCCGCAGGAUGAAUGGGACUAUAACACCGGAGAAGCCUUACAGCGGAUACACGAGACAAUCUGGCCCAAACUAAAAGAGCUAUAUGCAACAGGACCCCCACCUACUCCACACCAGCUCCGGCCAGGUGACUGGGUCCUUGUCAAACGCCAUCGACAAGAGACCCUAGAACCCAGGUGGAAAGGACCUUACCAGAUCAUCCUGACAACGCCGACAGCCAUCAAGGUGGACAGCAUAGCUGCCUGGAUCCAUUACACACACGUCAAGCCGGUGGACCCAUUUUCUGACCUCAUCAAGUCCACUAAAGCUGACGUCACCUGGACUGUUGACCGGAGUAAGAACAAUCCCCUCAAACUGACUUUGCGCCGUACCCUCCCCCAUGAUGACCAAGGUACUGCUGAUAGCCCUAAUGAUAGUCCUAACCCUCAACCCUCGGGCCACGAGGGGAGGAUUCGGCCCUCCCCCCAAUAAGAAUACUUUAAUACAACUACUAUAUGGUGCACCGUGCGAGUGCAGGGGAGGUACUAUGGAGACUCCUGUUGUUCCCCGAGGGUAUACUCAUAUGCAGGACUGCGGGGGCAUAACUGCGUAUCUUGUUCAGGAAUAUAGGGUUACCGGGGCCUCUCAAAACUGGCUAUGCUACCAUAAGCCUAAGCCACUCCCCCCUCGAGCCACUUGCCCCUGUUCUACCUUCCAGGAAUCAAUGCAUAGCAUGUGCUAUACCUCUUACCAGCAAUGUAUAGGGGCCAAUAACAAGACUUAUUUCACAGCCAUACUACAGAAUAAUAAAAGCCCCACCAUUAGUGAGGGUAAUAAACACCUUCAGGCUGGAUGCACUGGCACCCCCGGGACCCCGGGAUGCUGGAAUACCAGGGCCCCCACACAUAUGUCAGACGGUGGGGGGCCCCAGGACGCAGUGCGCCAGAUAGAAACCCGAAGGCAAAUAGAAGAGGCCUAUCGGCAUCUGUACCCACAGCUCAGCUACCACCCCCUAAUUCUCCCUAAGGUCGAUCCCUCUGAAUUGGACUCCCAGACCAUGUCCAUACUAGAAGCUACUUUUGCGCUUUUGAAUACCACCAACCCCAACUUAGCACAGGAUUGCUGGCUCUGCCUUCCUCAAGGACCGCCCCGCCCUAUAGCCAUCCCCACCUUCGCCAAUUUAAAUAUCAGCGAACGAUGUAACCCUACUUCACUCCCCGAGCCGUUCCCCAUACAAUUUUCAAAAUUUUCAACCACCUUUAAUACCUCAUGCUUUGUCAAGAACGAUUCCCUCUCUAACGCCAGUAUUGACUUGGGAAUCCUUUCAUCCACUGGAUGUAGUCAAUAUA